AUGGAUGUGAAAGAGGAGACAUGUGAGGUUAAUAUAAAUGACAUGGAGGUAGCAACUGUAAAUAUUAAAAAGGAGGACUGUGAAUGGGAGUCUGUCCCCACUGAGCAUGAUGAUCUCUACAUUAAGAAUGAAGAUUGUGAACUGGUGACUGCGGGCAUUAAAGAAGAGGCUGAUGAGGCGUCUGACAGCAUUGAAUCGCACAACCAUAAAAUUAUGGAGCCUGUUGAGAAAGACAACCUUCACUCAGAGCUGGUUUUUCAUUAUGAGUGUCAAAAUGGAGUUACUGGCUUAGUCUCUUGUCAAACUUCACACUAUUCAUCGCUGAAGCUUUCUGUCAAUGUGAGGUCCGAGUUGUUGCAUUCUGACACAAAGAGUAGUGAGGAAAUGGCAUCUGUUACAACUCCAGAACCAUCACCUUCAAAACAGUCUCUCAUCUUCAGAGACACAGAAAAAUUCACAGUGGGGAGAAACCAUACUGCUGCUCUGAAAUGUGGCAAACAAUUUUUGCUAAGCAACGAUCUUAAGAGGCAUGCAAGAGUUCAUACUGGAGAGAGACCCUACUGCUGUUCUGAAUGUGGCAAACAUUUCCGUGACAGAAGUACACUUGGAAGACACACUAGAAUUCACUAUGGAGAGAAGCCUUAUUGUUGUUCAGAAUGUGGGAAACAAUUCUCCCGAAUUGCCCAUCUUCAGACGCACACAAGAACACAUACUGGAGAGAAGCCAUAUAGUUGUCCAGAAUGUGACAAGCAAUUUUUACAAUUAAGCAGUCUUCAGAAUCACACAAGAACUCAUACUGGAGUGAAGCCAUAUUACUGUUCAGAAUGUGGUAAACUAUUUGCACAACUAAGCAAUCUUCACAGUCAUGCAAGAACUCACACAGGGGAGAAGCCACAUUGCUGCAAUAACUGUGGCAAAAGAUUCUCAUAUAUGAGCAGUCUUCGAACCCACUCAAAAAUUCACAUAGGAGAAAGGCCUCAUUGCUGUUCUGUAUGUGGCAAACAGUUUUCAAAAAUGAUCAGUCUUAAGAUCCACAUGAGAAUUCACACUGGAGAGAUGCCAUAUUCCUGUUCUGAUUGUGGAAAACAGUUCUCUGACAGCAGCCAUCUUCGAAGACACAAAAGAAUUCACUAUUGA